GGACGGACGCGUCGUCUGCUCAGUAGGGAACGCUCGUCACGCACCCUUCGCGAUCGUUUUCUUUUUUGUUGAUAGGCGAUGUUCUCCACCGAGCAGACCUCUACGCACUAAAGACAGAAAGCUGCCACGCCAUUGGUUCACUCCGGGGGCUUGGCCCAACAACUUUUUCCCCGAAGCCCCGAAUCUCCGAAGCCCGAACGGCCUGAACGCCCGAGGUGCCGAAGUGCCCGCAGAAGCACCGAAGCCGCGGAAGCUGUCCGAGCCCCAGCGCUUGAGAGCCUAAAGGAAACGCGGCUGGUCUGUGGAACUGCCGGUACUGAGACCGGUGCUGGUGCGGCGGAUCGCUGUUUAUUUUUCCUCUUGCUCGGCUGAGAAAGUCGUCGCCAUGGACAAGGACGGAGCGAAAUUUCGCAGCCCUUUCGGCCGGCCCAGCAUGCUGACAAGUGGCGCAGCCUUGUCGGCAUCGUCUUUUCUCCCGUCGCAAAAGACGACCAAAGGAAUCGUUGCCGGUGGCAUCACGGGAGGCAUAGAGAUCUGCAUCACCUUCCCUACCGAAUAUGUGAAGACUCAGCUUCAGCUGGAUGAACGGUCUGCUCAGCGGCGCUACAACGGUAUCAUGGACGUCGUCCGCCAGACGGUCAAAGGCCAUGGCGUCACUGGUCUUUAUCGGGGCCUCAGUGUUCUCGUCUACGGGUCGGUUCCAAAGUCUGCUGUCAGGUUUGGGGCGUUUGAGGCACUCAAGAAGCGUAGCGUGGACGAGCGCGGCAACCUUUCGCCGGUGAAGCGGAUGCUGUGCGGUCUUGGGGCUGGCGUCUCGGAAGCCAUCUUGGCAGUCACCCCCAUGGAGACGGUGAAGGUCAAGUUCAUCAACGACCAGGCCUCGCCCAACCCACGCUUCAAGGGGUUCUUUCAUGGCGUGCGCGAGAUCGUCCGCACGGAGGGCCUGAGGGGCACAUAUCAAGGGGUGACAGCGACCAUCAUGAAGCAGGGCAGCAACCAGGCGAUACGCUUCUUUGUCAUGGAGACCCUCAAGGACUGGUACCGGGGCGGUGACCCCAACAAGCCAGUCAACAAACUCGUCGUCGGCAUGUUUGGUGCCGUGGCCGGGGCCGCUUCCGUUUUUGGCAACACCCCCAUAGACGUGGUCAAGACUCGCAUGCAGGGCCUGGAUGCCCACAAGUACAAGAACACCUUUGAUUGCAUGCUUCAGAUUGCCAAGCACGAGGGAUUCCCAGCGUUCUACAAGGGGACGAUACCGCGGCUGAGUCGAGUCUGCCUGGACGUGGCCAUCACCUUCAUGAUCUACGACUCCUUCAUGGACCUUUUCAACCAGAUCUGGAAGACCAGCUGAAGUGGUGCUCUGAGCCAGGGCGGGUCGGCGUGCUCCUCGCCGGGAUCUCGCUCGUUCUUCGCGGAAGUAAGGGGCAGGAUGGGAUCUGCUGCUUGUGUUUUAGAGUCCUUAAUUUUAAUGUCGUCGUCGCGCUAAUGUUGUCCGAAUCGGGAAUCAAAGCAAUCUUGCUGAGCUGUUGGAUUUGAGAACGUCUGCCACGGGGUACUACAUAUUGAGGCUUGCCUGCACAGGGCACGCAUUAUGCUUGUGCAUCUUUUUAUGCGGACAGAUACUACAUUUCUUUCGGCUGCAUCCGAUCGUUUCUGAACAAAUAUCUUAUGACGAAGGCCACUGAACUUUAGCCACAUGACAAGUGUUUAAUCGUUUUAAAGGGGUUGGUAAACAUUGUAUCAAUCCUCAUAAAAGUAUGCGCACAAUGCGUGCUCGCGGCGAUCAAGCCUUUACGUGAUGCCAGAAGAAAGCUUAGCAAAUGAUCCAGUGAUUUCGUAGCAAAGGCACAACCGAAGCUGCUGCCCUCCAUUUGCUAGCCACUUCGAGAUGCGUCUUUUGUCUCGUCGAACGGUGGAAUUACUUGGUCAAAUAUUCUUUUCUCUGGCGUUGGCACGCACUCUUUAAAUCAAAACUGACCGAAGAGGGAAAGGUAUGGACGUGCAUACUAUUGACGUGGACAAGUGCAAGCCGGCACGCCUUUUCCGAGAAUGGCAAUUGCCCCGCUCCUCCUGGUGCCAUCCAUUUCGUCAGCGUGCCAUUUGCAAGUUUUGUUUUUUUGCUGCUGUACAUGCAAAUGUUUCCCUAGGGAAAGGCCUCGGGUUUGGAGUGUGCUCUGCGGCUUCCUCUCAACCGCUUGGUGCAGUUUUCUUAGAGUAGAAAGACGCUUUUGCUUCCUAGGUGACUCAUCCUCCAGUGGCAGUCGGAUACUUUUUCUUAACGAGAGCGCCAGGUAUAAUGCUCCCUCGUGUUGUCUACAGCUGACAUGCCCAGCGCGUUUGCCAUAAUCAAGUUCCUCAAAAACUUGGCCACUGUGCCCUGCCACUUUUUACUUAAGCACGUAAGGAUGUCUUGUUGGCAAUUAAUUCCAAAUUAUUGGUGCAUUCCAAGAAUGUCUUUCGGUGCUCCGAAGCAGAAACUGCCAAACAGACCGGCAUACAGUUUAAGCUCGUUAUAACAGACCUUGAUUUUGACCAAGAUUUUGGUCUGUUGUAAGAGGAGUUAUGCCGUAUGCAGAUAUGAAGUUGAGUCAGUGGAAAGCAGAGGAAAACCAACCGAACUUCACAAAUCGGUAUGUUAUAUCCUAAUGUCUGUUGUAACCAGGUCUGUUGUAAUGAGCUUAAACUAUACUGACGUCGGCUGUGCCGUAUCUGAGCUUUUUUUGUGUGCAUUACUGUUAAGAGGGUGCUUGAAUCUGUUUGUAUGCUGCCCAAGCUGAGGCUCAAGGAUUCUGUUUUCCAGCAUCGGUACUUGCAUUGUUUUCGAAGCAUUCCGUAGGGACGUGACAUUGUGAUGUGUUCUGGAAGGUUGCGCUUAACUCCGGCUCUAGUCAUCGCGUUGUGUGGGCACAAGUGACACCGGUCAGUGGUUGCCACUUUCGCCAAAUUUUUACUGUUGGAAUAAUGUCUAAACUUUUCCGUGCAAAAACUUUUUUCUGGACUGCCCAUUCCUUUGCAGAGAUAUUGUAGCUUCACGGCACAUGGGCCACCUAUUUGGUUCUGAGCAGUUCAAUUCGUGUAACGGUAUCUGCUUUCCAUAUUGAAUUCCAACGACGACUAGGGUGGUGUGGAGAAAGACAGGCUACUCGGCUCCAAGAGCACCUCUUUGAUGUGGACCCUCAGCAACUUUUGCAUUAGCUAGUGUCGUGUCGUGCAAGUCCGUGGUCAGCAUUCCCUCGCUGUGACAAUCAAAGCUGUUUCAAGCAGCAGCCUAGCCUAGCAGUGUUUGUCAGUAGCUAGCCAUUUACUCGUCCGUCUUUUCAUAACGUUGGGUAGCCAAGCUUAAAGGGUAUCUGACAGCCCAAAAGAGUAAGUAGUUUUUUUUUCACGUGAAGUAUUAGAAUAUGGUGCCGAGGCACCAUACCCAAUUAAGUUUUUCAAAAAAGUCGCACGUUCGGACAAGUCUAACCGAAACCAGAGAAUGCGACUCCGGCACAAUUGUGCACUCAGGUUAUCUUUAGAUCUACCCAUUUUCUGCGUUUUAGUGCUCAUAAAAGGUUUGUAGAUUGUGUUAUUUUCAUUAACAAAGAUGUGCCGUGGGUGACUCACCACUUCUCGAAUGUUCAGAGUUCCGCACCGUCUAUGUCGGCACUGCGUGACUGAGGAAACGGAGAGACGACGGAGCGACCCUGAGCGGCCAAUUUUCGACCGGUGUUUUUUGGCACGAAAAAAGAAACCAAUUUGUGCCGCAAAUAACGUCUCGAUAGUUGGGCCCUCCGAGGCCCCGUUUCUGCUAAAGUCUAGAUGUGCACAAACCCACCUUGUCAGUGGAUUUUGGGAGACAUUCCAUAGGGAGUGCUUUCUUGCGCGUCUGCCAUCCGGGGCCGCAUGCAAUACUCUCCGAAACUCUCUCGGUGGCUCUCGUCAGAAGCGUGCCCAGCGAGCCACGAUUGUUGCAUUUUCAGAGCUUUUAUUCUCGUUUUAUAAAGGUGGGCUCACUGUCUUUUCUAAGCUACAUUUUAGGUGUUGGCACAGGGCACGGGGAUCCCUUAUUUUGUUACGGUAGUAGUUGUAGUAAUAUAUUGAUUGCAGUGUGGUGCUUCUCUGUAACGGUGCCUGCCGCCUUGUUCAACAUGCCAAGUUUCUUGGCUGCAAUUGUAAAGGAAACUGGUUUGUUGCGCAUGGUGAAGGAGGAAAAAUAAAGUGGCUGCAUUGCUUUU